AUGGCAGAAGGCCUAAAGGAGCCACUCCUAAAUCCUCAGGAAUUUAUGAGAGAUGGGAUUGAUUUGGGUCGUUUACCUAUGGAAGAAGUUUUUGAGCUAUUGAAAACCUCACAAAACGGCCUUUCAACUCAGGAUGCUGAAGUCCGCUUGAAGAUUUUUGGACCCAAUAGACUUGAAGAAAAGCCGGAGAACAAAAUAUUGAAAUUUCUUAGUUUCAUGUGGAAUCCUUUGUCAUGGGUAAUGGAAGCUGCUGCUGUGAUGGCACUUGUCCUUGCUAAUGGAGGAGACCAAGGACCAGACUGGCAGGAUUUUGUAGGCAUCAUGUGCCUACUGCUCUUAAACUCAACAAUUAGCUUUUUGGAGGAAAACAAUGCAGGGAAUGCUGCUGCAGCACUUAUGGCACACUUAGCUCCGAAGACAAAGGUCCUUAGAGAUGGGCAAUGGCAAGAGCAAGAUGCAACUAUUCUAGUUCCUGGAGAUAUUAUUAGCAUAAAGCUUGGUGACAUCAUUCCUGCAGAUGCUCGUUUACUAGCAGGAGACCCUCUAAAAAUCGACCAGUCUGCUCUUACUGGGGAAUCUUUGCCUGUCACGAAGAGAAGUGGUGACGAAGUGUUUUCAGGAUCUACAUGCAAGCAUGGAGAAAUAGAAUCUGUAGUAAUAGCAACUGGGGUGCAUUCUUUUCUUGGAAAGGCAGCAUACUUGGUGGAUAGCACUGAAGUUGUUGGACAUUUCCAGCAGGUCCUUACUGCCAUUGGGAAUUUUUGCAUUUGCUCCAUAGCAGUAGGAAUGAUUAUUGAGAUCAUUGUUAUGUUCCCUAUUCAACACCGUGCUUACAGGAGUGGGAUAAACAACCUUCUUGUUCUAUUGAUUGGUGGAAUACCCAUAGCUAUGCCAACAGUUCUGUCUGUUACACUUGCAAUCGGUUCCCAUCGUCUAUCUCAACAGGGUGCCAUUACAAAAAGGAUGACAGCAAUCGAAGAAAUGGCUGGGAUGGAUGUUCUAUGCAGUGAUAAAACAGGCACUUUAACUCUGAACCGUCUCACAGUCGAUCGGAGCCUCAUAGAGGUUUUUAACAAAGACAUGGAGAAAGACACAGUUAUCUUAUUUGCAGCGAGAGCAUCAAGACUAGAAAAUCAAGAUGCCAUUGAUGCUGCCAUUGUUAACAUGCUUAGUGAUCCAAGGGAGGCACGCGCAAACAUCCAAGAAAUUCACUUCCUGCCUUUUAAUCCUGUUGACAAACGUACAGCUAUAACUUACAUAGAUAGUGAUGGUAAAUGGUACAGGACCAGCAAAGGAGCCCCUGAACAGAUUCUAGCUCUCUGCCAAGAGAAAAAUGAGAUUGCUGGAAAAGUGCUAGAAAUGAUUGACAGAUUUGCUGAAAAGGGAUUGAGGUCUCUUGCAGUUGCCUUGCAGGAAAUUCCAGAGAAAACAAAGUCAAGUCCAGGAGGCCCUUGGAUGUUUUGUGGACUGCUACCUCUUUUUGAUCCCCCAAGGCAUGAUAGCGCUGAGACCAUUCGAAGAGCUCUUAACCUUGGAGUUUGUGUCAAGAUGAUUACAGGUGAUCAACUGGCAAUUGCAAAGGAGACUGGUCGACGACUUGGUAUGGGAACUAAUAUGUAUCCAUCGUCAUCACUGUUGGGACAUGACAAGGAAGAAACUGUAGCCCUUCCAAUAGAUGAGCUCGUUGAAAUGGCUGAUGGCUUUGCCGGUGUUUUCCCAGAACACAAGUACGAAAUAGUGAAAAUUCUGAAAGAAAAGCAACAUGUUGUGGGAAUGACUGGGGAUGGUGUGAAUGAUGCACCAGCCUUAAAGAAGGCAGAUAUUGGAAUAGCAGUGGCAGAUGCUACAGAUGCUGCAAGGAGUGCAGCUGAUAUUGUACUUACAGAACCCGGCUUAAGUGUGAUUAUCAGUGCUGUCUUGACUAGCCGGGCCAUAUUCCAGAGGAUGAAAAACUACACAAUAUACGCGGUCUCCAUAACCAUCCGCAUUGUGCUAGGCUUCAUGCUUUUGGCCUUAAUCUGGGAGUAUGACUUUCCACCGUUCAUGGUUCUGAUCAUAGCAAUAUUAAAUGAUGGAACCAUCAUGACCAUUUCCAAAGAUCGUGUCAGACCAUCUCCCAGUCCUGACAGCUGGAAACUUUUUGAGAUUUUUGCAAUUGGCACUGUCAUAGGGACAUAUCUUGCCUUAGUCACUGUGUUAUUUUACUGGGUUAUAAAAUGCACAGAUUUCUUUGAGAAGCAUUUUGGUGUGAGCUCUCUAUCUGGAAACUCUGAGAAAAUCUCAUCUGCUAUGUAUCUGCAAGUUAGCAUUAUCAGUCAGGCCCUCAUCUUUGUUACUCGCAGUCAGAGCUGGUCAUUCCUGGAGAGACCAGGAGUGCUUCUCAUGUCUGCAUUCGUCGUAGCCCAACUGGUUGCCUCAUUGAUAACAGUUUAUGCUAACAUUGGUUUUGCUUCAAUCAAUGGGAUUGGAUGGGGUUGGGUUGGUGUCAUAUGGCUAUACAGUCUGGUUUUCUAUUUCCCUCUUGAUAUUAUCAAGUUCAUAGUCCGUUACGCUCUAAGCGGAGAAGCUUGGAAUCUUUUAUUUGACAAGACUGCAUUUAGUUCUAAGAAAGACUAUGGAAAGGAAGAGUGGGAAUUCGAGGGUGAGGAGCAACCUGUAACUCGAAGACGGAGUUGUAGUCUGAUUGCUGAACAGGCCAAAAGGCGUGCUGAGAUAGCUAGGUUACAGGAGUUUCACACAUCAAAAGGACAUGUGAAAUCGCUUAUGCGUUUAAAGAACUUGGAUCUUAGUUCAUUCUCAUCUGCACAUACAAUCUGAUAUGCCAUGCAAAAUGCAAACAUACGAAUUUUGGGUGAACAAUUCUGCUUGCAUUCGCUUACAUGAAGAUCAGGAAUGCUUUCUAGAGUAGUGUUUGAAAGUACCCACAUUUUGAAUUCAGAAAUUAAUAGUGCAUGCUCCAGAAAGCUUCUCUGAAUAACAUAGAUUCCAGUUUAUAGAACAUAAUCUGUUGUUGUCGUUGUUUAAAUAUGACUCGUUCUUAUGGCUUGUAGACCAGAGAAAGUCGUUAUGUAAUUGCCUUACAAGUUAUUAUGGUAUU